AUGUUGGCCAUGCACAAUCUUCAGUCCUCGGUGCAAAAUCUAUCGUCUGCUGUAAAAAACCCUUCUGCCCGCAGUGGAGCCGGUCCGUUCCGUUGCGCGCCAACAACCACAACGACAACGUCGCUUUUCCAGCCUCAUGUUCAUGGGAGUGCUAUCGAAAGCCCCUCCUCGUCCGACGACACUCAGUCGCACAGUUUGAACGAUGAUGCUGCCGACGAACUCGUGAAUAAUUGGCAUCAUCAGGCCGACAACCAUCAAAUCUUUUCGUCCGCGAAUGCCUAUAACAGAAUGCGCCGCGAGUCCGACCGGACAUCCCCCUCGUCUGCCACGUCUGCGACAUUUGCUAGCGCUGACCUCAACCACAACAAUGUCUGCGACGUUAUCGAUGCCAAUUCGCCCGAUGGGCUUCCGCCGAAGAUCGAGGAGUUGGAUGACGAUGGUGAGGUUCUGAUGACCCUCAAGCCAGGCGAUGACCGCUCCGCCAGCGAUGCCGUAACCAGCCUGCCACGAAAGCGAGGUCGACCACGCAAGCACCCACUACCCGUGCCAGGUGGCCAGAUGAAAGUCGCCAAGGGUCGUUCAAAGACGGGGUGCAUUACCUGUCGGAGGAGGAAGAAGAAAUGCGACGAGACUAAACCAGCCUGUCUGAACUGUCAGAAAAAUGCUGUUGUUUGCGAAGGUUAUCCUCCGAAAGAAAUAUGGAAAAGCGGGAAGCAGAAAAUGGCAGAUGCGGUCCGACGAACUUCCAUUUCACUGCUCCCACGAGGACUUCCUAUCCUGAUUGACGGGAUUGAAACGGAGGUUGACAGGCGAUUUCUCGACCAUUUCGUCUUUGACUUUAGUCGAGUACUCACACUAAUCAAUGACGAUUCCAACCCGUUCAAAGAAAUCCUACUUCCUAUGGCUACUCAGCAUAGAGGUUUGAUGCAUUCUUUAAUGUGUUUGUCAGGAUCCCAUCUAUCAGCCCGUGACCCCGAACCACGCUUCAAGGAAAGAAAACACUACCAUUUCGAUCGAGCCAUCACCGAUCUACGGGAAAGUAUCAAUGCAGCUCCCUUGGCGGAAGAUGCUCAAGAACCGCAGUUACUGGUGGAGGACCCCAUUAUAGCGUCAACCCUAGCUUUAUGCUUAAACACUAUCUGCGAAGGAGAGACUAGCGGAGAGUACCGAUCUCAUAUGGAUGCUGCCCGCUUUCUCCUAGUCAAUCAGAAGCCAAAGAACGAAAAGUUUCGACAGUUCAUCAUCGAGUUUUUCCAGUAUCAUGACGUAUCCAAUUCGUUGACUUCCUUGGACCGACGACCAGUGCAGCUUGAUGGUGAUCUUCGACUUCCGGACUUUGUGCCUCACGCUCAGGCAGGGACGUUUCUCGGUAUAUUUGAUGGUUUGUUCAACUAUAUUUCCGAGAUAACUCGGAUCAGGGAUCGCAUUCGAGCGCGUCAUAGCGAAGGGUUUGAGCCGGCCGUCGACUAUCAGACCCUUAGUGAAGCAGUGAGGAUCGAUAACGCCUUGCGAAUUUGGGAACCGUCAUAUGCCAAGGACACGCCGAAUUGGUAUGCCUCGCAACUGUACCGACAGUCGACAUGGGUAUACCUGUAUCGAACGAUCCGACCAUCACGUCCUAGCGAAAAGAUUUGCCAAGUUGUCGACGAUGCCUUGCAGUACUUGGAUCACCUUCCUCAAGACGCAGGAGCAUACAGUAUCAUGCUCAUGCCGUUGUUCCUCAUUGGAUGUUCGGCAUUCCUGCCGCGUCAACGUGAGAGGAUCAAGGUAGGGUUUGAUGCAAUGAAACAGUACUCCAGUUUACGAAAUAUCGAGCCAGCUUUGAAAGUGGUCGAACGGGUCUGGCAAGUCAUGGACACCAAGAUGGAGGAAAGUUGGGAUUGGGAGAAGAUUAUUGAAGAGAUGCAUAUGGAUUUUUUGAUUACUUGAUCGGUACGCAACCAUACAAAUUACCUGAGAUGGUGAUUAGGGCCUCGAAAUGCAGCAAAAGGAAACACUACAAGAACAACACCUUGAUUCUCUUCUCCAUGUUUACUUGUUUUUUAUGAUUUGUACGGAAUACGGCUAUGUUUUUUGUUAUGACCGGGGUUCUCUGGUUUUGUUGCAUAGCAUUCGUAGGUGCGAUUUCUGUUUUUCUGUUGUCACAUUAUACGCACUUGUGUUAUACGUCCACGUUUUCAGGUUGCUUGUUAUCAGUCAUUUGGAUUCGGAUCAGGCGCAUCUAGUGUUCGUUUCUUGUCCACAGGUGCAAAAAUUUGGGAGGUUUUGUGUGGAAAUCUCGGAAAAUGGACAAAAACAAUUACUCGUUUCAUCUGUGGGAUAUUUGGAGGGGGAUUUUCUUUGUCUGGAGUUUUUGCGGAGCAUCAUUCAAUACAGGUGAGGAAUAUGUCGAGGGGCAUUUCUUCAUCUCUUUGAUUGAGAUGAAGCUGAUGAUAUUGGCUGGAAUGUGUUCCUACACCCGCUGAUCGUGGAGCCUGAAUGCACACUGAAUCUAUGCAUUUGAUUCUUAUUACAUAUAUUAACGUACAUAUCCUUCGAUUCUGUGUAUCAAUUAUUUUUAUUUUCUGUUUCGAUUAUCAUUUACAUCUUACUGUCUAUGUCUUUGUAUCUGGGAUGACUACUUGAUGCCUUGUGUUGUGCAUAGCGUUCGUCCAUACCUAUUCGAUACAUUACCUGGUUAUUCCAGCGCUUCUUGGCUAUUGACCCAUGGGCCUGAUUUGUACAUUACCUAAAUUUCUAAUGAUGACCCGACCCUUCCGGUGC